GGCAAGUGCGGCGUGUGGAAGUGUUGUAACACUCUGACUUGUAUGUGAGUGCGGGAAAAUUUCGCUAAAUUUUACGAACUGUAUUUUGUGCCGAAAAUAGCAAUGUAACGGUGAUCAAAGGACUCCACACUCACAGCGCGACCACAUUGACUAUCUAUACAUAGAAAGACACGAAGGCGUAAACGCCGAAGUAAUACCAUUUUUGUGUUUCAACGCUUUGUGCUUGAGUGGGCGAACGACCGACAACGCUAACUUAAAGUAGAAAAAUGCUUCGUGAAAAGUAAUGCGAAAAAUAUUUGUGGCAAGCGAACUUUAACGAAAACAAGAAGCGAAAAGCUGAGUGAAUUGGCGAAGCGAGAGAAAUUAAUGAACAUUAAAGGGCACAGAAAAUGUUCUAAUUUCAAUGUGAGUGUAAGUAUAAACACAAAACUGUGAAAAUACACUUAAGUUGAGUAAGAAAAAAAAACAAACAGCAAAACAGCCAGUGAGUAAAACUUUGAACUCGAAAACGGUGCAUGUUGCACGUGCGUUGCAAGUAAAUUGUAUAGUCGAAUUUACGAUUUUAAAGUUGAAACGAAGAUCUAUGCGAUUUGCCUUCAGCUCGCGACGAAGGACAUCAAACGAUGCAGGCUAUCUUGAAAAGCGGACCUUGAGUGCAUUGUGGCAAGCGUGUGUAAAAUGUACAAAAUCAAUUUAGAGUGAGCUUCACACAGCUGCAAGAACGCAUAAAAUGCGCAAAGCAACAAAAAUAGCAACGACAAGAACACUUAGCAUUUGAGGCCAGACAAACGUAGAAGCCCUUAACUGCCAGUUUCAUACUUCCUUGCAACUCACUCCUACCCAACUUGGUUUCUAAUUACUGCACCGUCACUCCAUUCCCUACUCUUUGCGAAUUUUCACCAUGGCCACAUACUACCUACGACGACAUCAACAAAGCCAACAAUCAAAACAAACGUUCUAUCAAUAUGCCACAAUUGCCAUUUUACUCUUAACGCUCAUUGCUGGCGGUAAUAUGCAGCAACAGCAGCAAUUGAUGCAACAAGCGCCUAGCUUGCAGCAGCAACAACAACAACAACAGCAGCUGCCACAGCAGAAGCAGCAUGCUGCAACUGCAAAGCAACAACAGCAACAGCAGCAGGCUCAGCAAGCGCAUCAGCAGCACUCGAACGCGAUUAUGGGCGAGGCUGGUGUGACGAAUUCCCAGCUGUCAAAACCGCCCACAGCCACACACUACGGUGGCGCCAAUCUGCAACCUGGCAUUGCGGGCGGCAUGCUUGCCGGCACAGCUAGUCAGGAUCCGCGCUACGACGCGCCCGAUGAUUGCCACUUCCUGCCCGCCGCUGGACCGGAGCACCCCGAAAUAGCGCUCACUUGCAAUCUGCGCACCGUCAAUAGCGAAUUCGACACAACAAACUUUAGCGUCAUACCAGCCGAGCAUACGGUGGCGCUGCAUGUGCUAUGCAACGACGAAAUCAUGGCGAAGAGUUCGCUGGAGGCGCGUUCCUUUGCGCAUUUGGUGCGGCUGCAGGAACUCUCCAUACAAUACUGCAAGCUCGCUAAGUUCAAUCGCCACGUGCUGGAGGGUCUGACACAGCUGCGCAACCUCACCGUGCGCACAAACAAUAUUCUGUGGCCCACAAUCAACUUCGACAUUGAGGCGGAUGCUUUUGCAGUGGUUAAGAAUUUGGAGCGUUUGGACUUGUCGUCGAAUAAUAUUUGGUCGCUGCCGGACAAUAUAUUCUGUGCGCUGAGUGGCUUGUCCUCGUUGAAUAUGAGCGAGAAUAGGCUGCAGGAUGUGAACGAGCUGGGUUUUCGUGAACGCAGUAGGGAGCAAAUGGCCGGCGUGGGCGGCUCUGAACAAUCAACUGCUGCCACGCCUGAGCUUUCCACCAAGCGUCAACAAUCUACAAUCGGCAACAAUAGUAGCUGCAAUUUCGAUCUGGAAAUACUGGAUGUAUCGUACAACCACUUUGUGCUGCUGCCAGCCAAUGGUUUUGGUACACUGCGGCGCUUGCGCGUAUUACAAGUCAACAACAACGAGAUUUCCAUGAUCGCUGAUAAAGCUUUAAGUGGUUUAAAGAACUUGCAAGUGCUAAAUCUCAGCUCGAACAAAAUCGUCGCGUUGCCCUCUGAGCUGUUCACUGAGCAGGCAGGCUCGAUACAGGAAGUGUACUUGCAGAAUAAUUCAAUUAGCGUUCUAUCACCGAAACUCUUCUCAAAUCUCGAUCAGCUGCAGGCCCUCGAUCUUUCAUACAAUCAGAUCACUUCCACUUGGAUCGAUCGCAAUACUUUUGUCGGACUUAUACGUCUGGUGCUCCUCAACUUGGCACACAAUAAGCUCACCAAGCUAGAACCCGAAAUUUUCACCGAUUUAUAUACCCUACAAAUUCUUAAUUUGCGCCACAAUCAGUUGGAGAAUAUCGCCGCUGACACUUUUGCGCCAAUGAACAAUCUCCACACACUGCUUCUCUCCCAUAACCGCCUCAAAUACCUGGACGCUUACGCGCUCAAUGGACUGUACGUGCUUUCGCUGCUCUCACUGGACAAUAAUGCCUUGAUCGGUGUGCAUCCUGAAGCCUUUCGCAACUGCAGCUCACUGCAAGAUCUCAACUUGAACGGCAAUCAGCUUAAAACAGUGCCGCUGGCUUUGAGAAAUAUGCGCUUGCUACGCACAGUCGAUCUCGGCGAGAACAUGAUCACCGUGUUGGAGGACAACGCCUUCAAGGGGUUGGGCAAUCUUUACGGACUACGUCUGAUUGGAAACUAUCUUGAAAAUAUAACGAUGAAUGCCUUUAAAGACCUGCCCAGCUUACAGAUACUCAAUCUUGCACGCAAUCGCAUCGCGGUUGUGGAACCAGGCGCCUUCGAGAUGACCUCAAGCAUACAAGCGAUACGUUUAGACGGCAAUGAUCUAGGCGAGAUAAAUGGCUUGUUCAGUAAUAUGCCAUCUUUGCUCUGGCUAAAUAUCUCCGAUAACCGUUUAGAGCACUUUGACUAUGCGCAUGUGCCACAUACGUUGCAGUGGCUCGAUCUGCACAAGAAUCGCUUGGGUGAACUCUCAAACCGUUUCAGCUUGGACACGCAGAUACGGUUGCAAACACUGGAUGCCAGCUUCAAUCAGAUACAGCGAAUCUCACCCUCUUCAAUACCUAACUCCAUCGAGUUACUCUUCCUCAACGACAACCUCAUACACAUGGUCGAUCCGGACACCUUCAUGCACAAGUCCAAUUUGACGCGUGUAGAUCUCUAUGCCAACCAAAUCACAACCUUAGACAUCAAGUCCCUGCGAAUACUGCCUGUACAUGAACUCCGUUCGCUUCCUGAGUUCUAUAUCGGUGGCAAUCCGUUCACCUGCGACUGCAAUAUCGACUGGCUGCAGAAGAUCAAUCACAUCAAGUCGCGUCAAUACCCGCGUAUUAUGGAUUUGGAAACAAUCUACUGCAAGCUGCUGAACAAUCGAGAACGCGCCUACAUACCACUCAUCGACGCCGAACCGAAGCAUUUCCUGUGCACCUACAAGACACACUGCUUCGCUGUCUGCCAUUGCUGUGAAUUCGACGCCUGCGACUGCGAAAUGACCUGUCCGACGAACUGCACUUGUUUCCACGAUCAGACCUGGUCGACGAAUAUUGUGGAGUGCUCCGGCGCUGGCUACUCACAAAUGCCACGCAAAGUGCCCAUGGACACCACGGAGUUGUACAUUGAUGGCAAUAACUUCGUUGAGCUUGCAGGUCACACCUUUCUGGGGCGCAAAAAUCUCGCCGUACUUUUCGUGAAUAACUCGAACGUGCAGUUUCUGCAUAACACGACAUUCAGUGGGCUGCGGAGACUGCUGGUGCUGCAUCUGGAAGAUAACCACAUAGCCGAAGUGCAUGGCGAUGAGUUCAGCAACCUUGAAAACCUUCGAGAGCUCUAUCUGCAGAAUAACCGCAUAUCGAGUGUAGGCAACGGCAGCUUCGAAGCGCUUCGUAAGCUUGAGGUGCUGCGUUUAGACGGCAACCGCCUCGUUCACUUCGAAGUGUGGCAGCUGGCACUCAACCCCUAUCUAGUGGAAAUCGGGCUAGCAGACAACCAAUGGAGCUGCGAAUGCAGUUACUUGAUGCGCUUCCGCACGUACCUCGCACAGACAGCCGAGAAGAUUGUGGAUGCAGCACGCGUGUCCUGUGUGUACAAUAAUGCCACCAGUGUAUUGCGCGAAAAAAACGGCACCAAGUGUACGCUGCGCGGCGAUGAAAUCACCACUUAUGCACAUGCAAGUGAAAUCCAACAUCUACUUCCACUGCUGUUAGUCGCCACAUGUGCUUUCGUCGGCUUCUUCGUGCUCAUUUUGGGCGUCUUCUGCUAUCGGCAUGAGCUCAAAUUGUGGGCGCAUUCCAAUUGCCUGCUCAAUAUGUGCUAUGCGGGGCGGAAUGCGCACGGCUUCGUUGAAACGUUGGACAAGGACCGGCUCUGCGAUGCGUAUUUCGCCUACAGCCUGCAAGAUGAGCACUUCGUUAACCAAAUAUUGGCGCAAACCCUCGAACAUGACAUUGGCUAUCGGUUGUGUCUUCACUAUCGUGACGUGAAUAUCAAUGCGUAUGUGACGGAUGCCAUCAUAGAAGCGGCCGAGAGCGCCAAGCAAUUUGUGUUGGUACUAUCAAAGAAUUUCCUCUACAACGAAUGGACGCGCUUCGAAUAUAAAUCAGCUCUGCACGAGAUGGUAAAGCGCCGCAAGCGUUUGGUCUUCAUAUUGUACGGUGACUUGCCGCAACGCGACAUCGACAUGGAUAUGCGUCAUUACUUGCGCACAAGCACCUGUCUCGAGUGGGAUGACAAGAAAUUCUGGCAAAAGCUCCGCAUAGCACUGCCGCAUAUACGCAAACGACCAAUGACCGCCAAUUGUCUGGCGGGUCGUUCAGCCGUGAACAUUUACGCCUCAGCGCACGAAUACCAGCCUGCAGGCGCCAACGCCGUAGGUGGUGGCGGUCUACCUAAUGGACAUCUCAGCGGUGGCGCCAGCGUUGACAAGGCACACUACAAUGACUGCAACAACUAUGCGACCAUCAACGAUUGCGGUGUCGGCGCGCGAGGCUACGCGCCCAUACCCACUGCUGCCGGGGCGUGUAAAUUCAAUACGCUCAACGAGCUAUCUCACAAGCUGCACAAGAACGAUUUGCUGAACAAUAUCGGUGGUGGUGCGGGUUGCAUAGGGCUUGGCGGCGGCGCUAAAACGCUCGACCAUCACCAUCACUUGCGGCCGCAUCAGCAGCACGAGUACGCGGUGCCCGCUUAUUUGGGCGCUUUAUCUAACGGGCAUGUGGGUGGCGGAAAUGUACCAACUUACGACAGCGUGGACUACGCAAAACAACAGAAGCUGAGCGCCAGCAACAACUGCGACAGCUGUAAUGGCGGCACACAAAAGCGUGUCACAAAAGGUGGCCUACAUCCGAGCUUCUCAUCCAAUUUCACCGCGCCACCCAACGACAGCAUCGGAGGCGCCUGCUUCAACAGUUACAACUGCAAGAAGCCCUGCAAUUGUGGCGCGCGCAAGCAUCCAGCUGCAGCCAGUGACGAUGGCAUCAGCUGUCGUUGCGGUAAUGCAGGCAGCGGCGCAAAGGAGACACUCGCUGCGGCGACUGCGACGACGGCGACGCCCGCGACGACGAACGCGAACGCGAAUAAUUCGAACAGCAGUAAUAGCAGCAAUAACAGUCACAGCAGCAGCGCGACCAACAGCAGCAACAAUAGCACCAGCUCAGCGGGUAGCGGCAAUCGCCAGCCAACCGAACAACUGGCACACUACGAAUCGAGUUUGUCGUUGAACGAGAGCGCGGCAUUAAAUGGGCCAUUGUGGGCGUAACAGCAACUGGAUUUGGGUGGCAGCAGCAUUGCAGGCGGUAAGACUCGCAUGGCGGUCUGCUUGAAUGUGUAAGCGAUGCAAAUGAAGGCAGCAAGAGCGCAAUGAAAAUUGUAUGUACUUUUAAGUGUGGGUGUGUAUGUGUGUGUGUGUGUGUGUGUGUGUGUGUGUGUGUGUGUGUGUGAGUGUGUGUGAACAAGUGUUGUACGCGUUCAAGCGGCAGAGACAGACUGUAUAACCAGUGAAUUUAAUUACGUGCAUACGUUUGUAAGUGUGCAAAUAGGCAGCUCUUGAAGGCAGUUAAAUGGAAUUUGUAAGGACACUUGCUGUAGCACUUUUAAGCAGGACAUGUACUGACGAUACUCGUAUGUACUCACUAAGAGAGAUGUACUUUGUAUUUGUAAAGAUUUAAAAGCAAAACUAAUGAACUUAAACGACACAACAAACUACGUAAAAUUGCUAACUAGCUAUAAUUAAAUUAUUAUUAAAUUAUUAUUAAAAUCUAAGCACUUAGCAAAGCGAGGCAUGCAAAAACUAAAAUUUUCAAUAGCAUUAGAGAAAUUAGUACGUAAGUGUGCUUGUGUGUGUGUGUGUGGUUAAAAUAAAUUUAGUGGCAUUUGAUUUCUUUUUUGACUUCAAAAUAGUAAAACGAGAUAAAUUUAAAUUUGAACAAAAACUAAAAAAAAAAAAUAAAAAUUGUUAAAUAGACUGAUAAAAUUAGUUACAUACGUUUAAGUUUCUUAUAAAUAGUAAUGUUUAAAAAGAAGAACAAAGACAAUUAAAACAAAUUUAAAAUAAGUGAAAAAUGCAAAAUAAAAAUGAAAGUCUAUUAUUGGCGCUUAAAUCAAGAAUCCUAUUGUUUUUAUUUGAAAUUGGCAAAAUUUGUUGGAAGGUGACUUUUCAAAGUUUAGACAACUAAAAAUAUUGGCAA